AUGAGUAAGGAUUUUGGGAUCAAACCAUUGAUACAACAUUAUGGGUGCAUGGUGGACCUUUAUGCAAGAGCUGAGUUCAUAGGAAAUGCUACGGAUCUUAUAAAAUCAAUGCCAAUAGCCCCUGGUGGCCGAAUCUUGUAUGCUAAAAGAGGUAGAUGGGAUGAUGCUAAGAAUGUGAGGGAAGUUAUGAAAUCAAAGGGGAUAAAAAAGACUCCGGGUUGUAGUUUGAUGGAAGUGGAUGGCAUAGUACAUGAGUUUUUCAUGGGAGAUAAAUCACAUCCAAAGACUAAUGAGAUUCAUUCAAAACUAGAAGAGAUUAUGAAUGAAAUUAAGUGGGUGGGAUAUGUAGGGAGCACUAGGGAAGUUGCCCUGGACUUAGAUGAAGAAGGAAAGGAGCAUGCCCUCUAUGUUCAUAGUGAAAGGUUGGCCAUUGCCUUUUGUUUGCUAAGCACAAGCCAUGGAUUGCCGAUUCGAGUCGUUAAGAACCUUCGGAUUUGCGCAGAUUGUCAUGUUGCAGUAAAGCUCAUGUCUCAAGUGUAUAAUAGAGAGAUCAUUGUUCGAGAUAGGAGCCGAUUUCACCAUUUAAACAUGGUGUUUGCUCUUGUAAUGAUUAUCGGUGAUUUAUAA